ACCUACUCGGCAACGAACUAAGGGCAUCUCCAAGUUCUACCUAUUUCCACUUGGUGACGUAGCAGGUCUCCAAAUCCUACCAUUCCCUGAUCGCUCUCCCCCUUUCUCUACAAGACCCCUUUCUCCGAAAAGACGGCAGACGCGAAGCCUGCGAAAGAGCUUCAGACGCUGCUACUGACCAUGCUCGGGUAAGUGGCGCAUGCUCACUGUAUCCCAGGAACGGAAGUCGAACAAGGAACGUCGAUUGUUGAGGGGAGAGACAUGGAAGAUGGGAAGAGUCGCUGCAACUGGAAGGGGAUUCCCUUUACCUUCAUUCUGGUCUUCACCCUCGCGCUGGCCACGUCGCUUGCCCAGAACCGGAGUCUCCGCUUCGUUAUUUUGUUGUAUCGUCAUGGAGAUCGCUCUCCCGUGAAGGCCUAUCCCCGAGAUCCCUAUCAGGAAAGCGCCUGGCCCCAGGGAUUUGGACAGCUGUCUCAGGCAGGGAUGCAGCAACAGUGGGAACUGGGCCAAGCUCUUCGUAGGCGUUACAAUGGAUUCCUGAAUGCUUCAUACAAUAGACAAGAGAUCUUCGUUCGCAGUACAGAUUUUGAUCGGACCUUGAUGAGUGCCGAGGCAAAUCUGGCAGGAUUGUAUCCUCCAAAAGGGCAGCAGGUGUUUAACCCCAAUAUUUCUUGGCAGCCUAUCCCUGUACACACUGUACCUGACCACAUGGAGCAGCUCCUGAGGUUUCCAUUAUCGCCCUGUCCCCGUUAUGAACAGCUGCAAAAUGAAACCAGGCAGACGCCAGAGUAUGUAAAUAAGACCAUCCAGAAUAUGCAAUUCUUGAAGAUGGUGGCAAACAUGACAGGAAUUCAGGAUGUUUCCCUUGAAUCUGUCUGGAGUGUGUAUGAUGCACUCUUCUGUGAGAAAAUGCACAAAAUGCAUCUUCCAGCAUGGGUAACUCCUAUGGUGAUGACACAACUGAAGCAGUUAAAAGAUUUCAGUUUUAAUUUCAUUUUUGGGAUCCAUAGACGAGUGGAGAAAGCUCGUCUGCAGGGCGGAGUUCUUCUCUCUCAAAUAAGGAAGAAUCUUACCUUAGCGACAAAAGUCUCAGCAUCCCACCACUUUAAAAUGCUUAUGUACUCAGCACAUGACACCACUCUCGCAGCACUGCAGACUGCUCUGAAUGUUUACAACGGAAGACAAGCACCAUAUGCUUCAUGUCACAUAUUUGAACUGUACCAAGAUGAUGAUGGUAACUUUUCAGUGGAGAUGUUCUUUCGGAAUGAGAGCGAGAAGGAGCCUUAUGCACUGCAGCUGCCCGGCUGUGAACAGCGCUGCCCCCUGGUCCAGUUUCUGCAACUCACAGAGCCUGUUAUUUCACAGGACUGGAAACAGGAAUGUCAGAUAGUAAGCACCAUGAAAGACACAGAACUUAUUGUGACUUUGGCUGUCUGUGGAUCUCUCCUCUUCUUACUUACCAUUCUGCUCCUGACAGUACUCUUCCGUGUGAAGUCCCGUCCUCUUGGCUACAGACAUAUUUCCAGUGGAGAGGAACAGCCUUGACAAUUGCUUCAACCCCUCCUGAUGCAGCAAGAGAAAACUGUGCUGAUCUCAGGGACAAAUGGGGCUUCAUUCAAUGACUAAAUAUCUUACUGAUUGGUUUUGAUCACUGCUUCUAAAGCAAAAGACCAGAGUUGACAGUGGAGCUGUUGCGACUAGCAAAUGUAUUCGAUCUACCACAGCGUAAUGCAGUUAAUCACUAGGAGUAAAAUGCCAGCUUGGUCUUGGAUUGCUAUUUCUCAAUGUGUGACUAGCUCAACAAGGAGGAUAUGUUUUUCUUUCUCUGAACUCAAUAUACUGUCUUAAAUGUUUAAAACUGGUACAGAAAAGUAGCCCACUUAAAAAGCCUUGUUCAGUCUAGUAGUUGCCACUUGUAAGUCUCUUCCACACUGUGACAGUGGCAUGAUGCUAAACCAGCAAUAACCGAUCACUUCAACACUGAGUCAGUAAUUUGAAACCAAAUGAGGGUCUUCAUUGUAGAAAACAGUCAUAAGAUGAAAUCUUAAAUUCACUCAAUAGAAACUGCCAUAAUGGGAUUUACUUCCAAGUCAACGUGCUUCAAACUGUGCUAUAGGUACUUUACUCUUAGUCUUUAGAUACUCAGAUAGGACACUGGGAUUAGAUUCCUCCCUGCCCUUUGUAACAGGAAAGAGUUUGCUUAAAUACAUGCAUUCAAGCCAUUAUUUAUGCACCUACAAUACAUCGUGCACAAUAUUUUGGACCAGAAGAAUGUUGAAAGAACAUGUGCUUUAAAAACACACUUAGACCUUCAAAAGUCUUGUAUCAAAUACCUGUGGUAAAAAUAUUUUUGUCUCUGAAUUUACAUUCCUAAACUUCAUUUUGAAAUAUGCUGCUGAAGUCAAAGACCAGAUACUGCAACUGAGUAGGUUCCAUUGUUAUGUACUAUACAGAUUACUCUCCAUUUGGGGGAUCAGCAGUUCUCACAUCUCCCCUUGAGUGCCCAUUCCACUGAUGCUGGUGCCACAAAUUUCUCUUGGCUCUUGCUUAAACUUUUCCUAUUGCCCCACUUUUUCAUUGGCUUUCACUGAUUGCACUUCACCUAAAAUUGUAUACUCCUGCAUUGCAUAAUACAACACAGCAUAAAUGUGUUUCUUCUUCCUCUCUAUGAGGAGAAAAAUAUUACAUAUACUACCUCAUCAGAAGUAUUAUAUACUGUAUGGCAUAUAAAAAUCACAAGGGCAGAAGCUCUGCUAUAGUAAAUUCAAAGAUUCACUCACAAAGGUAAAGCCAGUUUUUUUAACUAUAAUCAAAAUGCUAGCUCACAUUUCAGAGAAAAUUGUGCCUUCCUUAGGUUUGAAUUCUAUAUGAUCAAAACUGCUUCUGAACUUGUGUGAACGUGUUUCCUUCAUCCUUGAAUAAGUAUAGUUUAUCUGAAGAUAAGAAUCCAUGGCAUAAUUGCCAUUUCGGCCAGAAAACCAGCACUUUUUUUAAUAUCAAAAAACUCCCAGCUUCUAAUUUAUUGCUCCAAGCUUUCUAACAAGUUCCACAAACAAGCCGCUAUUUCAUAUUUCCCAGCAGGGCAACAUUCUACCAUAUGGAUACUCUCUUAUCUUCAAUUGGAGCUCAGCCCAUCAACUUGUUUGCAGUAUCAGGACUAAAUGCUAAGAACAGCCUCCCUUUAAAAGAAAGAAAGAAAGAAAUCCACUCUUUUUCCUUAAAACAGACUUCUUAAAAAGAGCUAUACAGUACUGGCUACUGACCAUAAUAAAAUAUAUCUAAGUAUCUAAAAAGGGCAGGAGAUAGUAAAAAUUUCAGUUGUGUGUUUGUUUUUCCUGGGCUAAAACAGUAGCAAUUCGGCUGAAAGGAGACACUGAAAAGUCCAGCCUGGUCAUUACAAAACACUGCACAUGUUACACUUCCUCUAAAGACACACUAGUAUCCUAUUGCCAAAAAGUACACAGUCCAAUUUGCCAAAAAGUUAACCAAUUCCAUUUGAAGUUGUCUUUCUCUAUUUUUAUAUUAAACUAACUAUAUGAUAUGUCUCCUGCAGGGCAGGAUGGAAGUCAGAGCCAAGAGAAACUCAUAUAAAUCACUUCCAGAAAUGAGUCAAGUCCAUUAAUACGCCAAUUUCUUGCAGGCUAAGUUGUAAACAAAAUGGGAAAUCUGCUUUGGUACAAAAUGAGGAAAAACUGUAUGAUUUAUUCCUUGAAACUGAAUGUUGCUGUAAUUCACUUGAUCGUUUUUUAAAUCUUUUCAUUAAAACCCAAGGUGGGACUGGA